AUGGCCGAUUUCAAACGCCUGCCACUAGAGAUCAUCCAAAUCAUUACCAGUUACCUCGAUACAAACCACCCUCCCAGUCUCGUGGGGUUUGCCUGCACAAACAAUUUCUGCUAUGCAGCAGCAGCACCAUUUCUCUUUCACACUCUCAACUUCCCGGUGGAAUAUGAAUCUAGUUUUCAAGAUAUCGCUGAGAGGGUGCAGACAUACACCCGGAGUCUGCAGCGAGUCGCAGGUUUCCAAUAUGUCCAUCGAGUCAUGCUUCACCACCCUUGGCCAGAGUCCAAGCGCAAUGCCAUGGAGCGGGGCCAUGCCACAGACCGUGAGGUCGGCAAUGAACAAAAUCUAGAUGCUCGUCUAGACACGUUUCUUGACGGCCUGGACUAUAUCUUGUACGAUGCUCCAGGGGAUAUUCCCGGUAUAAAUGAGGCUUGGAAGCCCCUAGCAGAUCUGAUCCGCAGCCUACCUGCACUGGCCGACCUGUUGUACAGUUGUGCAGGGCAAUUUCCGCCGUGUCUGUUGGAUGCCCUCCAUGAAAGUCAGUCACUGUGUCGAUUGCAUCUAUACACUUUUGGGCUGUGGGAUUUUGGCCACCAACUUGCGACAUCACCGUGCCUGCAUAGUAUUACAGUCUUGCAGAACCAAUCUGCACAUAUCUCUGGCCAGGAUUCGGAAUACACUACGAAGACCGUUAUGCGCAUGGCAGCUAAGCUUGCGCCCAAUUUAAAGCAUGUUCACUUGUGGCAGAACCCACAGGAGCCAGAUGCAGAGUGGACACCCUCAAAGGGGCUCGGACAAGACUCAACAGACCUAGAUCCUGGGACUACAUUAGGCUCUUUGGAUCGCCUUCAGUUCUCCGGGUUUCGGAGAAAUCUCACAAAGCGGGACUUUGAUCUAUGGCGCCAAUACACCGAUUUCUCAACACUCAAGGAACUAAAAAUCGACACCCAAGUCGAGGGUGCCGCAUUGAAUGCUUUGGCGGCCACUCCAAAUGCGGGUUUCCCAUGCCUCCAAACACUAGAUCUGACAACAUCUUGCGAUUCCCCAUUGGAAGAGCGACAUACCUUCUAUAAAACAGCAGAACGCUUUCUUCUAAGCCUUCCACCAUUGUCCGCUUUAUUAUUGCGUCCCUGGCACUCAGAAUUCCCCCUAGCCUCGGUGUUGCGACACCACAAUACCUUGGAAGGCCUCACACUACCCGCACUGCAAGGCGAAUUCAUGACAGAAAGUCAAAUCGACCUGAUCAAGGCCCACAGCCAGCACCUAAGACAUCUCGAGAUCAUGCUCCACCGCACAGACGCGCACCUCUGCAAGAAACUAGGGUCGAUGCCGCGGCUGCAGUCCCUAGACCUUGAACUUGAUCCGUCUGACCGAUGGGGCUACCCGGACAAGAUCCCACCGACCAAACCCAAUCUGUCCGAGUACGACCAGCAGGCCUGUGUUGUGCCCGGGGUGGGCGAGUUCCGCGUUGGAUGGAUCCGAGACGCGCUCAUCAACAGCGCUGUGGACCAGACUCUGGCGUGUGCGUUCUUCGUGGAUGUCUCAGCAGGGAAGAUGGGCGCUGGCUCGCUCGGCCUCGAGAGACUCUGCUUGAAGGUUCGCUCUGUGGGCGGGCUGGUUGAGUACGGAGACGAUUUCCAGGGUGUCGUUAAUAGUCUUAAUCGGAGUUGGUUGGUGGAGCGCAACCCGCGCGACGACUGUCAGAAUAUUCCUGUUGUGAAGGAUCGUGGUCAGUUUACUUGGUUUGAGGAGGACACUCUGCCACCGUGGCUGGUGCCUAUUUUCCGUUCUAUCUGGCCGGAGACGUCUAGUGGGAGUUGCUGGAAGGACGAUUGGCAUAGUCCGCCUCUUGUGAUGACGAUUUAA